AUGAGCUCCCUUGUCAACACUGCCCUGGCUGCUGUCACAACCAAUGGCAAAGACAGCUAUCUCUACUACCAGAGCGGACAAGAAAUCCGUGAAGCUCACUCCGAAACGGGUUCGAGCUGGACGGCAGUCGCUUCCACGGUUGCCACCAAUGCGUCUGGCGGUGGAUCAGCCUUGACUGCAUACUAUGUUAACCAAGAUGCCGAUUUCGGUAAACAGGCAACGAUUCACGUCAUCUAUCUUGACUCCAGCGCCAAAGUCGCAGACAAAGUUAAGGUCCUCUCCAAGGGGAAAUGGGAGGACGGGCAGACAAGUGGCAUCGAGACAAACCCUGCGUCGGUUUCACGCAUCACUGGCGGAGCUUUCAAUGGCACCACUGGUUGGAAUCCGAAUGGAUCCCAAUGGGCUUAUUACAACACACCCAAUGGUAAUGAGUUACAAAUCACGGAGAUUCGCCGUACACCCAACAGCCCGUGGCACACCGAGACAGUGCUACCAGAAAAGAAGCAAGCACUACCAGGAACCGAUCUGGCAACUAGCAUCGUGAAUGGGACCAUCGAUCUGUACUAUCAGGACCAUGCUGGUAACGUCAAUCACUGGCUUAACCAAGGUAGCCAAUGGAAGGACGACGGAGUACUUAUCCAAGCCAGCAACGUCCAGAUCAGUACUCCCCUCGCUACAGUGAAUACUGGCAAGAAACACGUUUUCUACGUGGAUAAGAGUAGCCCCAGCAAGAUUAAGGACCAGGUCGAUGGAAAGGAUGUCGAGGUUGCAAACUUUUACCCCGGCACUCGCUUGGCUGCUUUGUCUGUCGACAACAAGGUGACUUUGUUCUACAAGAUUUUGAACCCUGCCGGUGCCAUUGCGACCAAGGCUUAUAAUGGCAGCUCCUGGGCUGAUGGCUCUACUGUCGUCCCUGCUUGA